AUGGCGCCGAAACGCAAGUUGGAUUCAGGCUCUGGGGAAACGACAUCCAAGAAACUGCCGAAAGUGGAAACGAAGGCACUAAGGUCUCCGGGUGGGCGUGGCACAUCUAAAUCUGUCAAAAAAUCCGAAACACCAUCCAAGUCUAAUGCAGAAAAGUCUGAUUUCGAUCUGUUGUCGUAUCUACAUGACAAGAGCUGGAAAGCUAAGAUAGAGGAAAUGUUAAAAACGGACCAGAGAUCGAAAAAUAAUUUUCAUAGCAUUAAAAAUUACCUGGAAGGAGAAUAUAAAAAGACUGGAGUGACGAUAUUCCCUCCAAAAGAACAAAUUUUUAAUUCAUUGCAUCUGACACCAUUGGAUAAGGUUAAAGUUUGUAUUGUUGGUCAAGACCCUUACCAUGACAAUGGUCAGGCUCAUGGAUUGUCAUUUUCUGUGCCAAAAGGUAUUAAAAAACCACCAUCGCUGAAAAAUAUUUUCAAAGAACUGAAAGUUGAGUAUCCAGAUUUCAGUGAACCAGAUCAUGGCUGUCUUGAGAAGUGGGCGGAGCAAGGUGUGCUUUUAUUGAAUGCCACACUUACUGUGGAAGCACAUAAAUCUAACAGUCAUGCAAAGAUAGGAUGGAUGAAGUUUACGGACACAUUAAUUAAAAUUAUCAACGAUAAUUGUGAGGAUGUUGUGUUCAUACUUUGGGGAUUGUUUGCUCAUAAAAAAGGAAAAAUCAUCAACAAAACUAAACACCAUGUGAUAGAAACUGCCCACCCAUCUCCACUCUCGGUGAAAAAAUUCAUGAAUUGCAAAUGUUUUCUGAAAGCAGAUGCACUUCUUGAGAAAGCUGGCAAGAUGGCUGUGAACUGGAAAGAUUUGUAAAAAUUCUGGCAUGUUGGUGAACGGGC